UAUAAUCAUCAUGAAAACAUUCUCAGCAAUUCUACUUGUGUCUUUUCUGGCAACAUGUUUAGCUGGACCUUUGGAACAAGAUUUUUCAACAAUUGAUGAGCAGGGUGGCUAUCAUUUUGGAUUCAAUGAUGGAUACCAGGCUCGUCAAGAAAAACGAACACCCGAAGGAAUUGUUCAAGGUGCAUACCGUUAUAUCGAUGCCAAUGGAGAAACUCAAACUAUUACUUACACUGCUGAUAGUCAUAAUGGAUUUGUGGCUUCUGGAUCAAGUAUUCCCAAAGCUCCAGAACAACCAGCAAUUCCUGAAGUUGCUGGUCCAGUUGCAGUUGAAGAUACCCCUGAAGUAAAAGCAGCUAGAGCCGAACAUUUGGAAGCUCAUAAAAAAGUCUUGAGUGGAGAGGUGCAAAGUGCUCCAAUUGCUUUGAGUCAAAUUCCGGUUCCAGUUCAAGUUCAAUAUGCUCAACAAGUUCCAGCAGCUGCUGUCUAUGCUCAUAAUUAUCCAAUCCUAACUCGCAGUGGAUAUUUCACCUAUGCAAGCCAGCCUGCAGUUCAAUACAUAGUUCAAGCUCCCCAAUAUCAUCCUGAUUAUCAACCAUAUGCUGCUUUGUAAUAAUUGAUUUUAUUUUGUUCUUGAAUAAAAA